CUCCCCGUCGCUUUGUCUUUCUCCUCCAGUCUCGUCGUCUUCUCUUCCCCUCAUACUCCUCUUCGCUCUUCUUCUCUUCUUUCUCCGCUCCUAUGCUCUUGUCUCCUCUCUUCUUCUCAACUUCUGAAGCGCGUCUCUUUCGGAGUCCCGAGGCUUCGCUCUCUCUUGGUCAGUCUGUUUCCAGUUGUCUCAGCUGCUUUGGAAGAGCCGCCUGAAAACUUUGUUUUCGCUUCGUAGACAUGCCUCUCAUCUACGCCCUCGCUGCAAGAGGCAGCGUCGUGCUCGCCGAGCACUCAGACAUGGAGGGAAAUUUCCCCACAGUUACUCGCCUGCUUCUCUGCAAGCUUCCUACCGGCCAGAAAGAGAAAAUGUCUUACGUUUACGACCGGUAUAUUUUUCACUACAUGGUGGUUCGCGGCAUCACGUUCCUCACCAUGGCGGACGACGCGGCGGGGUUUGCGUUGCCUUUCGCGUUCUUAGAGGACUUUGCCAAGUCAUUCCUCGCGAUGUACGGAGCAACUGUGCACACGGCGAUUGCUUUGGCAAUGCAGAACUCCUACGGACCUAGACUGAAGGACCUCAUGGAUUCGUUCAAUGAGAACCACCAAGCGGAGGCGAUGGGUCGGCUGCGCAUGCAGAUUGACGGCAUUCACAAUGUCCUGAUCGACAACAUCGACAAGAUUCUGCAGCGUGGAGAGCGCAUUGACAUUCUCGUCGAUCAAUCGGAGCGUCUGAAUCAAGAAAGUGUACAAUUUCGGAGGCAGGCGCGGCGGCUGAAGAACGCCGUGUGGUGGCGCAGCGUACGAGUCGGCCUCAUGUUUCUUCUUCUCGUCGCGACGCUCGGAACCAUCAUCGGCAUGAUUUCUUGUGGAGGCGUCACUUUCCCCUCCUGCCGCAAUUCAUAAAGAAGCACAAAGAAGGAGGGCAGAGAUGCAAUUUAAAAGUCACGGCCAGAAUGACGAGGAAAGACGAGCUGCGGACGCCGGCUGAGGGACUUGAGACUUUGGAAAGCCUCGUGUGGAACGAGCGUUUUUAUUUAGAUUUUUCAAUUGUCUGAAGCGCACCAAGUGUGGUUUUCUGAUUUGUGCGAAAGAGAGAUCUUUCGCGGGGGUGUAGGGGACAAAAACGUUCUCUUCUUCGACCCCACACUUGCCCUUUUUCUGCU